AGCAAGCACCGACAGGGCAAGUAGUCCGGUGCUUAACUUGCCCAAGUAGGAACUUGCCCAAACUUGGGUUUGUACACAGACACUUGGGGGGAAAAUGGUGUGGCCAAACUUACGCAAGAAGUUUUAUAUCAGGGCAAAUUAAGUCAGCUUAUACAGGAAAAGCAAUAAUAUGCGCCAACAGUGAGGCAGUAACAUGGCUUUGGUUCAAUUCUUGGUUUAUUUCUGGCGAUCUGACUUUAACUACGAACAAAAAAUCCUCAUUUUGCGGUUUUCCUGAGCUAACUAUAUGGGCCCCUUACGCUAGCAGCGGAUCUCUGCUUGGGUUAAGCUUGCCCAAGUUCUAGUACUUGGCCAAGCUUUGCUUGUAAACAAGAAGUAUUUGGGUGUCUGUGAUGACUUGCUACUUGCCCUUUUCCCAUCAGUAGCCGACACUAGACUUGAGUCUCUAGCCGACACAUGCAUAGUUGCAAACCUGUUGGCUUGCACACAUGAAUUCAGGGUGAAUGAAUUUUGAGCGAGCGGCUUUUGCGAUCGAACCGUCUAACCGAGCCCUCCCAGGGGUUUACGUUCAUGGCUGAGUGCCGCCCUACCCUGGCUCCCCUUGGCCCCCCACCCCAGAUGCAGAGCCAUGGCGGACAUGAGUCAUCAAGUCGGAAGCGGCCCCCUGCCCCAUCGCCUCACGAGACUCACGAGAUCGCGGAUUUGGGCAUGAGCCCGGCCUUGUUCCUGGCCCAAAAGCACCGAUGCUUGACGCAAGCAGAUUUGAGCCGGAAAGGAGCCAUCGAUGCCGGACUCGAACGACUGAUUACGGCCCUCAACCAACACCCGGAUUUGGCCACCCUCAGUUCGUGUAGUGGGCGGGUGGUGAUUUUCCGUGAGGCCUACACCCCCUCGGGUCCGGUCCGGAAGCAGGGCUGCGAGUGGAUCUGGCUCUCGCAUGAUCCCAUCGCUCCCGCAGAUUCCGUGUGGACUCGUGUGCUCGAGGCCUCGACUCAGCCAGCCGUUCCCGGCACGCUCGUGCUCAAGUUCGAACCAUUCAUUCUCCACCUACAAUGCCGUACCUUGCGGUUGGCCAAGCAAUUCCACACGCUCGGGUUGGAAGCCGGGUUCAAGAACUCGGGGAUGACCGUGGGCAAACGCAAUAAGAUUGUUUUAGCCAUUCGUAGCGCCCAUGGGCUCGAGGUCCCCCUAAGCGACGCUCAGAGUCAGAUCUUGGUCACGCCUGACUAUUUCCACCAUCUUUGUGCCAAGAUCAACGACAAGUGGCAAGUGAACACGCGCAUGCAUCAAAAACUGACGAACGCCGUGGAAAAGUAUGUCGCUCUCGACUCGGGAUGCCGACGGCUUAAACGGUGGCUUCAAGGCGAUCGAUUUAAGUCGCUUCGACGACAUCUCCGACAACAUACGGAUCAGAUCGACGUCGCGCUCAAUGGGCGACGACAGACCGCCCUUCACUUGGCCGCCAAACGAGGUAGUUACGAGUGUGUGGGCGUACUUUUAAAUGCCGGUGCUUCGGCCCAAAUCCCGGACCGUGACCGAAACUUUCCGUUGUACUACGCGGCGAAACGGUGCCUUCAACGUGGUAAUAUUGAACUGAUGAAAGAUCUCGUGCUACCCCUCAAGGCCGAAUCCCGACCCGUGCUUCACAUCACGAAUAAAAAAGGGUUAAGUUGCCAAGAUUUUCUCGACGCGCUGGAUGAAGAAUUAGAAAUGCUCAUGGAGGAGGAAGAUGACGAACGCGAGGAAGAGGAGGCCGAGGCUCGCCCAAAUGAAGAAGACAGUUGGAGAGAGAAAUUGGAGCUUAAUGCUCGAGAGGACUUGUUUGAACGUAUGGGGUCGAAUCAUGUCCUAGAAUCACUCGAGGAUGAGGAGUGUCGGACUUUCAUUGGCGAGAGUUUUGAUACUUGGGCGGACCGUAUCUACAAAGAGUUCAUCCGACAACGUCAUAGACAGGGCCCGAAUGCCGCCCCAGGCAAAAGUUCUCCAAAAAGGACGGACAAACUUCAUGAUAAGCCUUCAGCCUUUCAAAAUAACCUGAAACUCAAGCCGCCAGCAGACGCCAAUCGUACUCCGAAGCUACCAAAUAACUACUCCCGUUUUAAGGCAACGUUUCUCGAGCCCGAGAGAAGUGUCAAGACUAUACGGUUGCGAUCAUUUCCUUUUAGUGUGGACACGUCGCCUCAAGAUGUGGUCAACGUUCUAUUAGAUUCCCAAAUAUCGAACGCCUCCUCUGGAAGUGCGGAGGAUAAUGCCCAAAAGAUGCGAUUGAUUUUGAGGGAUGAAAUUCGACUUUGGCAUCCGGACAAGUUCAUGCCUAAGUUUCGGGCCAGGUGCCAUCCAGAUGACAUGGACCAGAUAUCGGGUUUAGUGAAUCACGUCGCCCAAGCGUUGAUCAAUUAUGGCAAAUAAAAUGCUCUCCCCUCAA